UGAUAAAGGCAGGUGCGGGCGAGCAGCAGGACCCCAGCGCCGAGCAUCUGCCCGUGCACGGAGCCCCUGACCCCCCUCCUCGGCCAAAAAACGGGUGGCGAGACGGGACGGGACCGAGACACACCCCCACCCACCCACCCACGCCGCCCGCCGUCCUCAGUCGCGUCUCCGCGAAGGGACAAGGACCUCGCCCCCCCCCCCCCGCCAAGGAGCUCCGAAGAGGCGGAAUUUCUGCGGGAAGGGGAAGCGGGAUUUUGGUGCGUGGCUUGGAGAUGAGGCAGGGAUCUGGAGUGGGGUUCCUCCUGGGGCUGAUGGCUCUCCCAGCGGCGCUGGGACAGAGAAGCUCGGCCAGCCCUAUAAAUAGCAGCCAGCCUCAAAGCUUUGCCAUCGUCUCUUUCAAGUGGGACCACGUCAAGGACCCUUAUGUCAUCACGCUCUGGAUACUUGUGGCCAGCUUGGCCAAAAUCGUUUUCCACUUGUCCCACAAAGUCACUCGGGUGGUUCCAGAGAGUGCUCUGCUGAUUGUUCUCGGUCUCUUCCUUGGCGGCAUCGUAUGGGCAGCAGAUCACAUUGCCUCCUUUGCCCUUACACCAACUGUAUUUUUCUUCUAUCUGCUGCCCCCCAUUGUUUUGGAUGCUGGAUAUUUUAUGCCAAAUAGAUUGUUCUUUGGAAAUCUUGGUUCCAUCCUUUUGUAUGCUGUAAUUGGGACAGUAUGGAAUGCUGCCACAACUGGUUUAUCUCUCUAUGGUGUCUAUCUGACAGGAAUAAUGGGCCACCUGGAUACUGGACUGCUGGACUUUCUCCUGUUUGGCAGCUUAAUUGCUGCUGUGGAUCCUGUAGCUGUUCUGGCAGUGUUUGAAGAAGUCCAUGUCAAUGAAGUUCUAUUCAUCAUUGUUUUUGGAGAAUCGCUUCUGAAUGAUGCCGUAACUGUGGUGCUGUACAAUGUGUUUGAAUCUUUUGUUACAAUAGGUGCAGCAAAUGUGACGGGGACUGACUGUGUCAAAGGCAUAGUAUCAUUCUUUGUGGUGAGCCUGGGUGGGACACUGGUUGGCAUUUUCUUUGCAUUCCUGCUCUCAUUGGUCAGUCGUUUCACCAAGCAUGUGAGAAUCAUUGAACCUGGAUUUGUGUUCAUCAUUUCGUACCUGUCAUACCUCACAGCAGAGAUGCUUUCCCUUUCCGCUAUCCUUGCGAUAACUUUCUGUGGCAUUUGCUGCCAGAAAUAUGUCAAGGCUAACAUAUCUGAACAAUCUUCUACAACUGUCAGAUAUACCAUGAAAAUGAUGGCGAGUGGAGCAGAAACUAUUAUCUUCAUGUUCCUGGGAAUUUCAGCUGUAAACCCAGAUAUCUGGACUUGGAAUACAGCUUUUAUUCUGUUGACUCUGGUCUUCAUCUCACUAUAUAGGGUUAUUGGUGUAGUUUUACAGACAUGGAUUCUUAACCACUACAGAAUGGUCCAGCUGGAGAUAAUAGACCAGGUGGUGAUGUCAUAUGGCGGACUACGUGGAGCGGUUGCUUUUGCUCUGGUUGUACUUCUGGAUAAGGACAAAGUGAGAGAGAAAAACCUAUUUGUCAGCACAACUAUCAUUGUUGUAUUUUUUACUGUUAUUUUCCAGGGACUGACUAUCAAGCCUUUGGUACAGUGGCUGAAAGUGAAGAAAACUGAACACAGAGACCCAAAACUGAAUGAGAAACUUCAUGGCAGAGCCUUUGAUCACAUCCUUUCUGCUAUAGAAGACAUUUCUGGACAAAUAGGACAUAAUUAUAUGAGAGACAAGUGGUCCAAUUUUGAUAGGAAAUUCCUCAGUAAAGUACUGAUGAGAAGGUCUGCUCAAAAAUCAAGAGACCAGAUCCUUAAUGUUUUCCAUGAACUCAACUUGAAGGAUGCAAUUAGCUAUGUGGCUGAGGGAGAACGUAGAGGUUCCUUGGCAUUUAUACGUUCUCCAAGUACAGACAACAUGGUAAAUGUGGAUUUCAGCACCCCACGCCCAAGUACUGUGGAAAGUUCUGUGUCUUAUUUACUGAGAGAAAAAGCUGGACCAGUUUGCCUUGACAUGCAAGCUUUAGAGCAGAGGAGGAAAAGUAUCCGAGACACAGAAGACACAGUCGCUCAUCACACACUACAACAGUACCUGUAUAAACCCAGGCAGGAGCACAAACACCUGUACAGUCGACAUGAGAUCAUGCACAAUGAAGAUGAGAAACAAGACAAGGAGAUUUUUCAUAGGACAAUGAGGAAGCGCUUAGAAUCUUUCAAGAGUACCAAACUAGGAAUAAACCAUCCCAAGAAGCUCAAUAAAAUCCACAAGCGAGACCGGGGCCAAAAAAGGCGGAACAGCAGUGUCAUACCAAAUGGAAAAAUACCUUCAGAAAAUCCAGUACAAGAUUUUACUUUGAAGGAAAAAGACUUGGAGUUUUCUGAAUCAGAAGAAAAUAAUGAUUAUGAAACUUUGCAUCUAGGCAAAGGAGUUGAUUUCCUGGCUAAUGUGACGAAGCAAAAUUUCACAGACACUCCUAAUGGUGAUAUGGACCAUGAUGUUGAAAUGACAGAAUACUCCUCUUCAGAUGACCAACUAAACCAAAACCAAAGUGUUUCAGUGACUCCCCUCGACUUCUUCCCAUCUUGUCUUCAAAUGCCUUGGACACAAAACUAUUCUUCACUGGAAAACAGAGGGAAUAUAUCUCUUUCUACUGUCUCUGAGUAUAUAGCUUCUUGUGACCCAGAUGUACCUGAUCUCUUCUGGGAAGCAGGUACCGAUACGAAUAACAAAGAGACAGUAAACUCAGGUUAUGGUUCUGAGGUGAGCUACAAGUCAGAGAAUUCACAAGAAGAGAAUUCUCUACUUAUGUUUGAAGGACUGGAAGACUCUUAUAUGAAGGAGCCCCAAGAGAAGAAAAUGUUGCUUGAUGUACAAGGUAAUUACAGAUCUGCUGCAGCCAGACGUGUACAAAGCCGACGUUCUUUCCACAGGCCAAAACCUCUGCAACACCCUAAGCUUCAGAAGCUAGCAUCUCUUCCAGCAUCUUGCCAUGUCCCUCCACAUUCUUUGGAACAAGAGGAAACACAGUUGUGAGCCAGGACUUACUUGAAAGGAGAAGAUAAGAGAGAAUAACUUGGACAAAGGGCUUCUGUAAAAAUAGAGACCAACUCAUUGGCUCAUGGGAUCUGCUCUAGAACGGUUUCAGAUGGCAAGGGAGUGGAGUCUCAUGAUGUCAGAAACAAUGGAGUUUUUCUGCUGCACUUACAUUUUUAAGUUCUCAUUCAUAAUGAAAGGGUGCAUAGUGAAGGGGAAAUAUGCAUCCUUGUUAUUUUUUCACGUAGACUGUUACAAAAAUUCAAUAUUAUUUUUGGAGGGCUAAACCAAGAAUCUUUUCAAAUGGUAAAUCCUUGGGUUUUUUACAUGGAAAUGGUUUAUUAUGCCAUUAUGCCAUAAAUACAUUUAAAGAAAUAGGCUGCAUUUGCUGCUUCAGUAAUGGAAUUCAAUAUUUAUGAUGUAUAAAAUUAACGUAGGAGAAGCCAAUGGUUAGCCUCUUGCCUGCUAAGUCUACUCUGAUUGAAAUGGAUCAGUGCCUUUUAUAAGUGAAAGCUAAAGAAAAAUAUUUUCCUCCUCUUGAAUAUUUGUGUCACUGAGUAGUUGUGGAAUAUUGACUUUCGUGGGAAACUUUCCAGGGAGAGGAAAGUCCUGGCAUCUUGAAAUUUAAUCAAGGACUCCAGGAAGUCCAUUUCCUUCCUUCACCUUCAUUUCCUCUACUCAGUAGCACUGGAAUGAAAGAACAUCCAGAAUUAGCUCAGAAUUCUAGUUUGUGUGGUCACAAGCAACUAAUUUCAUAUUCUUAAUUAAGCUGCUCUAUUUUAAAUAGCCUCACUCAGAUAGAAGUGUAAAUAUUUGUCAUUUUUACUGCUGCUUUGGAAGACACCUUCCAAAUUAUCUGUUAGAUUAUCUUGUUAAUUUAUGUAUCACUUUCAAUAGCUGAUCAGGAUAACGGUGUCUCAGAUGCUAUCCUGUGUUUUGCCACAUGCUUUAAGUGCCACAAUGACUCAGGAUGUUGAUGGUUCCAAGUAUUGUACAGAGGUAGUUUGGCUACUGUGCAUGUAUAGACCUGUUUGUGUUAGAAACUUGUUUUAUUUUUUUUUGUCCCCAAUUUUCUUUUAAAUGAUUGUACUUAAGGUUGCACUAGAUGCCUAUUGCAUAUGAAUCUGAUCUACAUCACCUUGAAGACAGCUGGAGACAUCAGUGAAAGACAGCUCAGAUGAAGACUAAUUAAAGUGAAAACUUUGAGACCUCAUGGAUGUACAAGACUGUAUGCCAGUAUAUAGUCCUCUGGCCUAUCUGUAUUUUGCCUUGGAUGAUUCCAGUACUGAAAUUUUUACUUGAAAUCUUCAGUGGUAUAUGUUUCAAAGGUUCUCUGGCAUCAAUAGAAGAUGAGUGCUUAGCCACUUCUGUGAUCCUCAUGUGUACCUUAUUUCUAUUUGAUAUCAAGCCUAAACCAUUUGUAAAUGAGUUAAGUCAACUUCAGGGAAGUAUCUGAAUUGCUUAAGACUGGAUCCAACAGAUACUUCAUUUGGUAAAUUUAUCUAUAGGAAUUAGUGGUUGUUUCACUCUGCCUACCCAGAUUUUGAAUGGGUUCCAGGUGAUUCUGUGUCAGAUGUCAAAUCUGAGAUUUGCCCAGAUACUCAAAAAGAAGGGAGCAAUGUGUGAAAAUUUGUGCCCGUACUUUUUUCCUAUUUUUGUCAUCUUUGCUAAAACUGCCUGUUAGGCUAGUGUAAAUUGAAGAGAUGUGACGACAAAUGUCAUAUACAAACCUAGAUAGAUACAUAACAUAUGCCUAUAGAGACUAGAUUCAGAGUAUUGGUUCUUUUGAUAUCAGCCUACAAGCAGCCACCUGUUUGCAGUCACCUUGGGCACUGAUUCAAAUCAGUGUCCCUAAUUGGAAAGCUUCAUCACCCAGAGCUACUGUUGUUAAUGAGAGUCAUGAGACAUAAGGCUGUCACCAGUAGGGAUGCUAAUUUUAUAAUUCAGUAAUGUAAAUACAAUUUUUUGUGAACUGACUACAUAUAAACAUACUAUCUUGGUGAAGUAGAGCAUAUUAAUGCUGUUCCAGAUAUUAUAAUUGGAACAAGUAUUUUAGUCAUUGGCAUAGAGGUGAAGUGCAGUGUGCCAAAAUCUAACCUCCAGUCUUGUAGCAUAAUGCUGAAGAACCAACACCAAAUUUGACAAGAUCCUUGUCAGGUGUUGGCUUUGAAAUAAAACCUUCAUUUCUUAUUGCUGCUGUACAGAGGUCAUUGCUGUGUUUCAGUUGGAAGAAGAACCACACUGUGGACAUGUUUUCUGCAUGCUAGUUAGAACAUUCCUAAUCUAUUUGUGUAGAGGCUACCUCAGGAAAAUGUUUGUAAAUUGUCAUCAGCAGAUAGGAGUUUUCACUAGAUAAAUUGUGCACACACAAGGGUAUGCAAUUUUAAAUAUCAAAGGAUAAAAGAUUUUUAUGUUCUUGUAUGCUUUUAUGCUAAACAAGAGAGGAUCGACAGACACCACAGUGUUUACAAACACAGCAGUCUCUGUGAAAAGUCAGUAGGAUCCUGUAUGCUUUUGAGAGGGCUGUGGACUCUAGUAGUUUUUGCAAAACAGAGAGGAGCAUUAUGCCAUUUGUAACAACAGAAGAUAAGGAAAGACACUAUGUACAAAAGGCAUAACUCUCCAUUUACUUUCAAAAGCCUUAAGCAUUGUCUGUUGUGUCACCAUAGUCAAACAGAUGAAAGAUAAAAUGGACAAUUCUGAUAGCAAAGAGACCUUUCCCUGGAAUAGCUUGCAUGAUUUCUGAAGCUCUUAUACCUCUGGAAGAUGUUUUCCAGUAUAAUUGCCUCUACAGCAAGGUUUUGUUUGGCAGUUUCUCAAUUUGAAAUAUGAUGGAAAAAAACUCCUCCUGUCUCCAAUUUCUAUGUUAAGAUCACACUCUUUGCUAGAGUACAGUGGGUUAGAACUCCUUGGUCUUUUUCUGAGGCAAUUGCUCCCAAUGUCUACCAGGGUAUAGACAAAAAGAAGGGUAUAAGAGUUCAUAAUCUGUAUCACUUUUUUUUUUUCCUCCAUACUCUUAUUAUGUACUUUCACAUUUCAGUACAUGUCCUGUGGGUGCAAGUAUUUGGUUGCUUCUUCAGCACACUUUAAUCAAGUCAAGCACCACUAAUUUCCAUCACAGCAACAUAGAUUUAGUGCUGCUGAGGAUCUGGCUCUAUGUAUUGGCUUCUUUUUUACCAUGUGAAUUAGAUUGGAAUGAUCAGUUGGUAAAUCAGUUUACCUCUGGUGAGGGCAGUUCAAUUCUUGCUUCCCUGGCUGAAAACUCUGUCUCUAAAUUUUUUUUGGUGACAUGCUAUGUCAAAGAAAGGCAAGUUGGGAAUUCCACAGUCACUAUUUAUUGAACAAGUAACUACGGCCUACCUUGUUAUAAAAAAGAUGAAAUGCAGAAAUAUUUGGUGUCUCUUCUAUACAUUUUGCUCCAUGGAUAAGGUUUUUUUUAACAGUGUUUAUUAUGCUGCACUAUGACCUAGAAAUGUUAAAAAAAAAAGAAGUGUUGCCUGCAUUCAGAUGAAUUCUGUCUCUCUGAGCUAUGAAGCUAGUUAUUGAAAUAUAUGAAAUUCUAUUUUACAAAUAUAUGGUCUAGCUGGAGAUUUAUGUAACAAAAGUUGAAAAAUAAUCAUGUGCCUUAAAUUGUCACUCUUUGGAGUGCUGUUGUUUGGAGAUUUUUGUGUGUACUUUCCAAAAGGUGUCAACUUACUGCAUAUAUUUUUAAACAAGUCAAGUUGUUCUGCUAAUGUGUCUUUAUGGAAAUAUUUUAAUAGUAUAUAUUAAUGAGAAGUUUGGCAA